AUGGGAUUCCUGUGUGACAUUCACCUGCAGAUGGAGUUAGACCUCAGCGUGGAGCCGAACCCCGUUCCUGACGCUCUGCGAGGUCACGGCUUCCUCUUGCACCCAGAGUUCCUGCUCCUCUCGCUUCAGAUGGGGCCCCAGGGGAGUCUAGACACAGCCAGAGGUCACCAGGAGUCUCUCAUGGACAAACCAACCCAUCCCAAACGAAACCCCAACCACCUAGGCCAACGCCCUGCCCUGGUCCCCACCCCAAGCCCAGCAUGCUCCCCUCCGGAGCCCGGAGCCCGGGCCCAGGACAGCCAUUUGGACAUGCCGCUCACCAGCAGGGUGCUGCUGUCCGCCGCGGCGCUGCUCCUGCUGACGGCGGCCUAUCGGCUGUACAAGUCUAGGCCUGCCCCGGCCCCACCGGGGGGUGGGAGCGCCCAGGCCAAGGCCAAGGAGGAAGUGGAGGGCUCAGGGCAGCCUGCCCUCCGGGAGCCUUCCCCCCCAGGGCCCCCACGGCGGAGGCUGAGAUGCCGGCGGGCCAGCAAAGAGGCAGGAGCUGCCCUGGACUGCAGUUCAGAAGAUCGGGGACACCCCCAUGUCCUGGCUGUGGGAGCCACUUCCAGAGGCCUGUGCCCUGAGAGGAGAAGCGAGGAGGAGGAGGAGGACGGACAGCACCCCAGUUCUGAACAGGUGCCUCCCUCCUGUUGCACUAAGGAACCCGGAACAGCUGCUGGCGGGAAGCCCAGCCUUCUCCACCACCCCUAUCUGGGCAGUGAACCCACAAAGUCUGCAGCUGACCGGACGGUGACCGGGGGUGGAGAGCCCGUUCCGUGGCUGCAUGGGGAGUGCCGGGAGCCACCGGAAGCAGCGGAGCUGGGGCCCCCCAGCCGCUGGAUGGCCCCCACGGCCGAGUGCGGUGACAUGGACCAGGCCUGGGUCUUCACCCGUGUGACCGGCGCCAGCAGGACAGAGCCCGGGACCCUCCAGGCUGACUCGGACAUGGCACUGGCCGUCCACCACCCCGAGGGAGCCACCGACGCCUCCUACACCUUCUCGUCCACGGCCCGGGUCCGAGUUCAGGAUAGCCUCAUCCUGGAGGCGGAGGGCAAGGGGCCCCCGCUGAGGGGCAAGAUAUACGACUACUACGUCCAGUCUACGUCCCAGGCUGUGUCCAGGCCGGCCCCCAGCACAGCAGCCCCGCCCGGAGCUCCAGCCCCUGGACCAGCACCAGGGCCCCUGGGCACCGAGGCCCAAGCCGCCCCCAGGGAGGACGCGCCGGGGGCCUCGGCCUCCUCCUCCGUCCGAGGCUUCGGCCGGAAGGUGAGUCUCCUGCAGAUCGCAGACAACCCAGAACUCCAGCUCCAGCCCGACAGCUUCGGGAUCCCCACCGGAGCCCCCCAGGACCCAAGUCCCCCGGCCAGCCCAGCCGGGAGCGACGGAGACUCCCCCGUGAGGCUCGUGGCCGGGACCAACUUCGUCCACGUGCCGCUGGGCGCCGCCUCGGCCCCACAGGUCCGCCUGGAUCUGGGGAAUUGCUCCGAGGUGCUGGCGUUGGCCAAGCGGCAGAACUCGGAGGCCCUGAAGGAGGCGGCGUUCAAGGUCAUGAGCGACAACUACCUCCACGUGCUGCGCAGCCCGCACAUCUACGGGCAGCUGAGCGGGGCCGAGCGGGAGCUCAUCCUGCAGCGCCGUCUCCGGGGCCGCCGGUGCCUGGUGGUGGCGGACGUGUGUCCCCAGGAGGACAGCGGCCGCCUCUUCUCCUACGACGACGCGGCCGACGCCUGGCACCCCCUGGCCCGGCUGCCCCCCGAGGCCGUGUCCCGGGGCUGCGCCGUGUGUAGCCUCUUCAAUUACCUGUUCGUGGUGUCCGGGUGCCGAGGGCCGGCGCCCUCCAACCGCGUCUUCUGUUACAACCCCCUGACGGGCAUCUGGAGCGAGGCCGGCCCCCUGAACCAGGCGCGGCCCCGCUGCAGGCUGGUGGCCCUGGACGGGCACCUGUACGCCAUCGGGGGCGAGUGCCUGAGCACGGUGGAGCGCUACGACCCCCGGCUGGACCGCUGGACCUUCGCCCCUCCGCUGCCCAGCGACACGUUCGCCCUGGCGCACACGGGCACCGCGUGCGGCCGGGAGAUCUUCCUCACGGGCGGCAGCCUGCGGUACCUGCUGCUCCGCUUCUCGGCGCGGGAGCAGCGCUGGCGGGCCGGCCCCGCGGGGGGCGGCCGGGACCGCACGGCCGAGAUGGCGGCCGUGGACGGCUUCCUCUACCGCUUCGACUUCCACCGCGGCCUGGGCAUCAGCGUGUACCGGUGCAGCGCCAGCACCCGCCUGUGGUACGAGUGCGCGUCCUACCGGACCCCGGACCCGGCCGCCUUCCGGUGCGCGGUGGUGGGCGAGCGCAUCUACUGCGUCGGCCGCCGGGGGGUGCUCUGCUUCCUGGCCGACCACGUCGCGCCCAGGUUUGUGCCCCGGGAGCUGCAGGCCUUCCCAGACCCGCAGGGCAUCCUCCUGCCCACCGUCCUGACCUUGCCAGCCCCCCACGCGCCUCAGACCGCGGUCUAGCUGCCCCUCCCUGCUGGGCUUCUCACGAAAGAGGGGAGUCGGCGCUCACCCCCGGGCCUUGCCAUCACUCCCUGGUCAUUUCAG